AUACAGUAGUGUGUGAGACAACAGCCAUUGCAGAAUUGAAGCUGCUGUGUACUGGACUGACAGUGAAAUCAGAGAUGAAGUCUGACCAAUCAGACUGGCUCUCCACGAUGCUUAUAUUUCUUCUCCAGUUGUCUGUCUCCAGAUCAGAGAAAUUUAAUGUUGUUGGUCCAACUGCUCCUGUUGUUGUAUCUCCUGGUGAAGACACUGUUCUGCCCUGUUACCUCUCACCAAACAUCAGUGCGGAGCUCCUUGAGAUCAGGUGGUUUAGAGAGAAUUAUGAUGCUCCUGUGUGUUUUUACCAAAACCACACAUACAACCAUGAUGGACAGAGCCCACCCUACAAGGGCAGGGCUGAGCUGUUCCUGGAUGAGCUCCCCAAAGGUAACGUGUCUCUAAAGCUGAGAGACGUGAGGCUCUCUGACAAUGGGCAGUAUAAUUGUUUGGUGGAGUCCAAACAACAUUAUGAAGAUGCUCUAAUUGAUCUGGCCAUUAGAGCGGUUUCAGUGUCCCUGUACCACACUGGAGGAGAUCAGACCUGGUUGCUGUGCACAUCAGAGGGGUGGUUUUCUGAACCUGCAGUGAUCUGGAUAGACAGGAAUGGAAAAGAGACAACAUCACUGUCCAACACCACAGUGGAGAGAAACAGUCAGGGGCUCUUCAAUGUGAGCAGCUACAUCCCAGUCAGUCAGGAUUCCCAAAUCCUCUCCUGUCUGGUUAGAAGUGUUUCACCUGAAUUAGACUGGGGAUCUCAGCUUCACAUACCUAGAGACUUUUUACCUGAACCCUCUGGAUGGAUGGUGACUCUCUUCUUAACAGCAACUGUUAUUGCAGCAGCAUCAGCACUUUUGGUCUUCCAGUGGAGACGAAUGGACAAGGAAGAGACACUGUGUAUAAUGAAAGCCAUUUCUGUACUUCGGGGAGAAUUGGAUACUGUGAUGUGUGCUCCUAUCCCUAAAUCAGAAUGGGAGUACCUGCGCAGUGCUGCAGCUGAUGUGACUCUGGACCCUGACACAGCUCACUAUGAGCUCACCCUGUCUGAGGAUAGGAAGAGAGUGAGAUGGGAAGAGAAACAGGAUGUCCCUGACAAAGCGAAGAGAUUAGGUUCUGGACCAUGUGUCCUGAGCAGGGAGGGCUUCACUUCAGGGAGACACUACUGGGAAGUGGAGGUGACUGACCUGUGGAGAAUAGGGGUGACCAGAGAGUCUGCAGAGAGAAAAGGGAGAUUCAGCUUCUCUCCCCAGUGUGGUUACUGGGUGCUGGAAUGUAACUCUUCACAUCUGAGAAAUCAGCCAAGGAUGGUGGGUGUGUGUGUGGAUAUUGAUGAACGAAAUGUCUCCUUUUACACAGUAGAGUCUAGGACACAUAUCUACAAAUUCACUGACAUGGUAUUCAAUCAGGGGGAGAAGAUCUACCCAGUCUUCUGGACCUGGGAUGAGAAUAAAGAACUUGUGCUUCUGCCUCUUGUUAGCUGUGGAUAUUGAAAAUUUGAUCAGUUCAUGAAGUUUUCUCAUGACACUUUCAGUCUUAAUAUUAAUGUUUUUUAUUACUAACACAGUUUUUUAUUGUUUCAUUUAGUGUCUGUGUGGAGGAGACAGGAUGGUCUCCAGACAGGAUGGUGUCUUUCUUGUUUUAAAAACUAUAUUUCUCUGACUGCUCACUGUGGAUUACUUAUAAUUUAAUGUCUGGCUGUGACAUGAGGUCAUGUACUGCACAUUUGGAUCUGUUGUGUUUCCUUAACACUACACCAGCAUGAGUGAAUUGUUUUUCUGAUGCUGGCAAGAUGUGGUAAUUUUGAGAUUUGAUUGGUCAUUUUAUAGAAGGAUAUUUGUUUAAUCUCUAAUCUUUACAACUUUGUUUCUAUUGCUGCUUCUUCCUGCCAGCAGUGGGAGCAUAGUUCUCUCUGGCCAGCUAGAUCUGCCUUUGUUGUCCUUUUCCUGUGGAUGGGCACUGUCUUCUCUGAGCAGCCAGGUCUGCCUGUUUCAGACAUUGUCUUUUGCUGGGAUGUUGUCAUUGUACCCCUGUCCCCUUUUUUCAGCCAGAUCUGCCUGUGUUAGCCAGUGUCUGUGGCCAGGCUGUGAUCACCCUGUCCUUUCUGGCAACUAGUUCUGUCUGUGUUGCCCACUGUUUAAGGCCAAGUGAUGGACAUUGAACCUAUCCUUUCUGGCCAGCCAGGUCCACCUGUCUUGCUCAGUGUCUUUGGACAGACUAUAGUCAGACUGUAGUCACUGAGCUUCUACUGCUUUAAGGUCUGUUUAUUCUUGUUGCUUUUCAUGUUUGGCUUGUGUUGUGAUUUGAUUGAUGCUAGAUCUGCUGCUGGUCUGCAACUUUAAAGAACAGGAUGAAAACCACCCAAUCCUGAAACAAACCAACUGUUACAUACUACAUGAAGCCAUGCUGUAUCAAAGAGUAAGAAACCCCAACAAUCGGUCCUGCUGAGCAAACCCAAUGCUGUGUGUAUUGAGCUCAAUAAAGACUGAAUUUGCACAA